GAGAGAAGGGGGAGAGCGAGAGCAGAGCUGAGGAAAGGGUCAGAAAGUCAGCCAGCAAACCUCCAAAUACACAAACCCCGAAAGCCCGUUGCUGUUCUCCUCGACUCCCCUUCCUUCAGCUUUCUCUAGCCUCUGCUCCCAGAGCACACCUGCACACCAAGUAGCUACUAGAGCAGGACUGUGGGGGACAGCGCGACAGAGAGGUGCCAGUAAGAAGUGCUGGAUUGGGCUGGCACUGUGGAGUAGCAGGUAAAGCUGCUGCCUGCAGUGCUGGCAUCCCAUAUGGACACUGGUUCUGAUCCAGCUCUCUGCCACAGCCUGGGAAAGCAGAUGAUGGCCCAAGUCCUUGGGCCCCUGCACCCACAUGGGAGAUCUGGAAGGAGCUCCUGGCUUCAGGUUGGCACAGCUCUGGUCAUUGCAGACAACUGGGGAGUGAACCAGCAGAUGGAAGGACCCUCUCCCUAUUCUCUUUCUCUCCCUCUCUGUUUGUCUGCCUCUCUGUAAUUCUGCCUUUCAAAUAAAUAAAAUAAACCUUCAAAUAAAAUUUUAAGAAGUAUCUUAAGCAUUUGGCAGUGAAAUGGAGCUAUGUGGGUUUUUUUAAAAAACAUUUAUUUAUUUGAAAGUCAGAGUUACACAGAGAGAGGAGAAGCAGAGAGAGAGAGAGGUCUUCCAUCUGAUGGUUCACUCCCCAAUUGGCUGCAAUGCCUGAGCUGUGCUGAUCCCAAGCCAGGAGCCUGGAGCUUCUUCCAGGUCUCCCACGUGAGUGCAGGGGCCCAAGGACUUGGGCCAUCUUCCACUGCUUUCCCAGGCCAUAGCAGAGAGCUGGAUUGGACGUGGAGCAGCCAGUUCUCAAAAUGGCACCCAUAUGGGAUACCGAUGCUUCAGGAUAGAGCAUUAACCCUCUGUGCCACAGCGCCAGCCCCCACAAAAAUUUUUAAAAGUAUUAUAAGGCCAGGGCCAAAGGCUCACUUGGCUAAUCCUCCACCUGCAGAGCCGGCACCCCAGGUUCUAGUCCCGGUUGGGGCACCGGAUUCUGUCCCCAUUGCCCAUCUUCCAGUCCAGCUCUCUGCUGUGGCCCAGGAAGGCAGUGAGGAUGUCCCAAGUGCUUGGGCCCUGCACCCACAUGGGAGACCAGGAGGAAGCACCUGGCUCCUGGCUUCGGAUUGGCACAGCGUGAUGGCCGCAGCGCCCAUUUUGGGGGUGAACCAAAGGAAAAGGAAGACCUUUCUCUCUGUUUCUCUCUCACUAACUCAGCCUGUCCAGGAAAAAAAAAAUUAUACAUUCAGGGCUGGUGUUGUUUCAUGGCAAGUUAAGCCUCUGCCUCCAGUGCCAGCAUGCCAUAUGGGUGCCAGCUCAAGUCCCAGUUGCUCCACUUCCCAUCCAGCUCCCCGCUUAGCCCUGGGAAAGCAGAAGAGGAUGACCCAAGUGCUUGGGCCCCUGCACCAUGUGGGAGGCCGGGAAGAAGCUCCUGGCUUCAGCCUGGCCCAACCCUGCCCAUUUGCUGCCAUUUGGGGAGUGAACCAGUAGAUGGAAGAUCCCUCUCUCUAUCUCUCUGUAACUAUCCCUUUCAAAUAAAUAUAAAUAAAUGUUUUUAAACAUAUUGAUUAUAUGAAUAAUUGGUGUAAAGCAUUUUGUAUAAACCCAAAUUCAAACAGAGAACACACUGUUGGUUGGAACUCUUUCCUUCAGAACAGGCAAAGAGGGGAUAAGAGCGCUUUCUGCUCCCAGCAAAACCUCCCUGGGGAGCAUCUAUCGCUGAGGUGCUCCAGGGUAUCUGGUCCCUACCCCCAGCCCGGCCACUCACUAGAACGCCACAGGAAAAGUUCCCAGUAUUUCUGACCAGCAAUUUGUAUACCUUUAACACACAUUUUAAAAACACACUGGUUGUUGUUUUGUUUUAAAUCAAAUUUGUUUAUUUAAAUAAAAUCUCAGCAGUAAAACUGGCAGCUGAGCCCACAAUCUUCACCUGGGAGGCCCCUCCCUCCCCUGUGGUCCAGAGCAGCUUCUGGAAGGGCUUCACACCCUAAGGGCACCAUUGUUCUGGGGCCUUGGAUUUUGCCUCUGGGACAGAGUGAGGAGCUGAGAGGGCUCCCCCUCCACCAUGGGCACUUUCCAAGGAUUUUCUGAAGACCUCCUAGAGCUGGGAGGCCUCUGCGAGUUGACUGAGAUGUCACACUCACAAGCUGCCAGACAGACUGGCGCUGACCCAGGACUUCUCUCACCCAGUGCUUGUUUAGAGAAAGAAGUCAGGGCCAGAACCCAAGACUUCAGAACUCCAGCAUUUAUAUUAUUU